GCCGGACCACCUCUCCUCCUUCCUCCACCACCAUGUCGCGGGAUCGGUUCCGUAGCCGUGGCGGCGGCGGAGGCGGCUUCCACCGGCGCGGCGGCGGCGGUGGCCGCGGCGGCCCCAACCACGAUUUCCGCUCUCCGCCGCCCGGCAUGGGCAUGGGCCAGAACCGCGGCCCCAUGGGGGGCGGCCCGCAGGGCCCGGGCGGCCCGCCGGGCGGAGGCCCGAAGCCCGAGCCUCCGAAGCCGCCCGCGUCGACCUCUGCUCCGCCUUCUUCGUCCUCUUCAGCUGCCGCCACCACGGCGGGGCCUGCCGGCAGCCAGGCCGGCCCGGGAGCGCCUCCGCCGUCCGCGCUGCCCGCGGGGCAGCCGCCGCAGCAGCAAGCCCCGGUGUCGGCGCCCUCGUCGGCUCCCUCCGGCCCGGGGGGGCAGCCGCAGCCCAAGCCGAGCCCCAGCCCCACCCCAGCCGGCGGCCCUAAGAAAGGGCAAGGACAGUCGCCCGGCGGCGGGCCCAAGGGACCAGGCGGCCCUCAGCAGGGGCCCGGCGGGCCGCACAAGGGCGGGCCAGGGCACCGCGGCGGGCCGGGCGGAGAGCCGCGCGGCCGCGGGCAGCAGCACCAGGGACAGCAGAGCCUCUCCUCGCAGCAGGGCUCGGCCGGCGGCGGCGAGAAGCUCUCGGACGAGGGAUUUAAAGCAAACCUCUCUCUUCUGAGGCGACCCGGGGAGAAGACGUAUACUCAGCGUUGCCGCUUGUUUGUUGGUAAUUUGCCUGCUGAUAUAACAGACGAAGACUUUAAAAGACUGUUUGCCAAAUAUGGGGAGCCAGGAGAGGUUUUUAUCAACAAGGGGAAAGGCUUUGGAUUCAUUAAAUUGGAAUCUAGAGCUCUUGCAGAAAUUGCAAAGGCAGAACUGGAUGAUACCCCCAUGAGGGGUCGACAGCUUCGUGUUCGGUUUGCCACACAUGCUGCUGCUCUUUCAGUGCGUAAUCUUUCACCAUAUGUGUCCAACGAGUUGCUGGAGGAAGCUUUUUCCCAGUUUGGUCCAGUGGAAAGAGCCGUUGUGAUUGUAGAUGAUCGAGGUAGAUCAACAGGAAAAGGCAUUGUUGAAUUUGCAUCAAAGCCAGCUGCAAGAAAAGCAUUUGAACGGUGUACUGAAGGAGUGUUUUUGUUGACAACCACUCCUAGGCCAGUUAUUGUGGAACCAUUGGAACAAUUGGAUGAUGAAGAUGGUCUUCCAGAGAAGCUUGCUCAGAAGAAUCCGAUGUAUCAAAAGGAACGAGAGACUCCUCCCCGUUUCGCUCAGCCUGGCAGUUUUGAAUUUGAAUAUUCCCAGAGGUGGAAAUCUUUAGAUGAAAUGGAAAAACAGCAGAGAGAGCAAGUGGCAAAAAACAUGAAAGAUGCCAAGGACAAACUUGAAAGUGAGAUGGAAGAUGCUUAUCAUGAGCAUCAGGCAAAUCUCUUGCGUCAAGACCUUAUGAGGCGUCAGGAAGAACUGAGACGUAUGGAAGAACUCCAUAAUCAGGAAAUGCAGAAGCGCAAGGAAAUUCAGCUGAGGCAGGAGGAGGAGCGUCGCAGGCGGGAAGAGGAAAUGAUGAUACGUCAGCGGGAGAUGGAAGAACAAAUGAGAAGACAAAGGGAAGAGAAUUAUAGUAGAAUGGGUUACAUGGAUCCAAGGGAGAGAGACAUGAGAAUGGGUGGUGCCACCACAAUGAACAUGGGAGAUCCUUAUGCUUCUGCAGCCCAGAAAUUUCCACCUCUCGGAGGUGGUGGCGGCAUAGGUUAUGAAGCUAAUCCAGGAGUUGGCCAAGCAGCCAUGAGUGGUUCUAUGAUGGGAAGUGACAUGGUGAAGAUGAAAGCUGAGUGAAACCGGAGUGCUCAUCCAUGGAAAUUCAGGAGCUGAGCAUGAGCACAUCCAGCAUGAUGCCCAGUGAUCUGUGGAGGGACCAGGAGAACAAGUGAACAAGUAGGUAGCUGAUGUCCUUACAGUACUUUAAGAGCUCGGUAGCCUGUCACCCUGCGAUGUAUUAUGUAGUUCCUGCCUGAAAUUUGCGUUUGAUUGAUCUCAAUUUUAUAUAAAAUUUCUGAAUCUUUCUUUUGUAGAGCCAAGAUAUAACCAUUGUUUGAGGGUUUUCAGCCCUGCACCAUCAAAUAAAUGCUGUCCUCUGAAUGCCAUAGGUGGUCAAACAAGAAACAACCAUUUCUACUUUCUGGCUCCAGUGAAAGGGGUGCAAAUGGGGUGGGUGAUCAGUAAGGAAAAAGGGGAACAAUAGAGCAGCUGCUUCUCAAACAUUAAUUUAAGUAGAAGUUGUUAAAAAGCUACUUUUCUGAAAUACUUUAAUGAACAUUGAACUUUCAAAAUAACCUGGAAGAUGAAUUAGCAUGUAGAAGAGCACAAGCAGAUCGUGAUUUAGGGAAAUAAACUAACCUGCAGAGCUGGAAUUAAUGAAAUUUUCCCUCUAAUUUAUACUUUAAACUACAAGGGGGAAGGUCAGAUAUUUAAAAACUUGUGUGAGGAGCAACAUGCAAAGAACCUUAACUCACGAGUGACGGGUAAGUAACAGCUUAGAUACGCCGCAACUGAACCUGUCAAGACGUGAGGCCAGUGAGAUUCAAUUGGUGGACUCCUGUUGAAUUGCGUGUGACUCGUCACUGCUGCUCCUGAUUUUUGGGGUGGUAAAACACAAAGCCAUUUCAGAUCUUUGAAAGUCACAAAGUAUAUGGAAAUGUGAAUGCCCUUCAUUUAAUCUCAAGUCUGAUGUGAGAACUUAGGAUCCUAGAGAACGUUUGGCAGGUGCAUGGCCUGUUGUGAUCGCUGAUUCCCUUUCUGUGUCAUUACGUGUGACUUCUGCUGGUGUUUCUCAUGUUCUUGCUAACUGUGUGCUUUGCACUUGCAGCAGAAGAUGAAGUCCGAAUGCAGUGAAGAGGAGCCAGGAACAUACUAUGUUUAAAAAUAAAAUAUU